GGGCGGGGGCGGGGAAAGGGAGCAGAGAGGGGAUCGUGUAUCUUUAUAAUCUUUCUAACUCUCCUGUGCUAAUCUCAGAGGGACCUCCCUCAAUAUAUCUGGAUUAUCCGUGUGGUCAGGCUGCCUCCUUUCUGCUGUUCUCACCUCUGGCUGGGCUGCAUGUAAAUAAGGGCUGUCCUCAUGUCCCUGGCCCCUGGCCCUCAAAGGGUACAGCAUCCUUGCUAUGCCACUCUCUCAGAGCAUCUGUGUGUGGAAUCAAGGGAGAGAGUGUCUGAGUCAUUUGCUUUCCAGAGAACAUUUGGAUUUGAAGCAUGGCAUCCCGCUGCUACCCUGUUACCCCCUGCCCAGCAAUGUUGGCCAACACCAUGAUGAGGGUAAAGACCCCACCAACACCAUCUAGGAAAGAGAGCUUCACUAGUUUUUUUUUUUUUUUGUCAAACUCCCUUUUCUAGCUCCUUCCUGUUCAACAUGAAAUUUAACCUGGGUACCCAUCCUUCUGCACUCCAGUCUGAGGUGAUUAGUGGGAAUCCACCGGCUAAACAUGUAUCCCGUAUUUCUCCUAGCCAGAGAAAUAACAAUUCUACCUCCCAUCAGAAACUUCACUUAUUGCUAAGUUGAUAAGCCAAUGAAGCAUUCUCACAGUCUGUAUGUCUCACAACAACAUGAAUAGAGAUUAUCCAGUGGGCUACAGUCUUACAUUAAAGUAUGCUGUCCCUUGGUCCCUCGGAGCCUAUUUCAAUGUGUCACACCAUGUGUUCUGCUUGUUGUGAGAGAUGCAUUCAUUGAGUCCAUAGGUGGUAAGGCAAAUGCCCAAUUGCUCCCUGAAGGAGAGUCAAUACACAGCCUUGACAGGCCUCCAAGCCUUCUAUCCCUCUUCUGCUGAAGUACACAUACCUCUAGAUAGCAAAGCACACACCCAGGCAUCACCCAACAGCUAGCGCUCAGAUAGGGACACCCAACUAGGGACAACAGAUAAGCAGGUACAUUCCACUGCUGCUCUACCACAAACAAAAGGCCUCCAUUUAAAUGCAUAUUCUCAGUCUAGAAGAAGCCAAUAGCAAAUGCCAUCAGCACACUUUCCCUGCAAACCCGGGAACUUUUGAACUCUUGCCUUGGAUUUCAUUCAAAGGAAUAGAGAACAGAGAGAGUCAUCAGAUGCCCAGUCACUCCAACUUCCCAGAACCUCUCUCUUAUCUCUGCUUCAUAUGUCACCCCUGGCCCCCCAUCCUUCCUUGUUCCUGAAGGAUCCUCCCUUGCUGGAAAGCUUACUGACUCCUUCCUUAUCACCUUUGGGAAAAUUACCCCUUUGUGGCUCUCACCAUGUUACUUUCCCAAAGCCAUUCUGAUCAGCCAAAUCCAACUUCAAAACAGGAAGUCCCGGGACAGUAUCAUGUGUUAGCCUAAGAUUUAAAUAAGCAAUAGGCCUUGGGCAGAGCUUCCUGAGUGUGACCCACACACAUGUCUUGGCUCUGCCCGGAUCCUGAGAGUAUUCAUUAGCCCCAGGCACUUAUCUUGGAGUCACAGCUGCUGACAUAGUCCUGGUCCUGUAGUCUGCCUGCCCUGAGCCUGCAGUGCCAUGGGGAACUGUCUGCACCCGGUGGAAACCUCCUUCUCACUAGACCAGAACGGAACUCAGUUCGCUUUUGAAUAUUUGAAUUAUUCAUAUGAUUAUAACACCACCGACGAAUUAAUGGACAACUACCACAUUGAAGCGGCUGCUCCGUGCCACUCCUGUAAUCUCCUUGACAAUUCUUCACUGCCUUUCUUCAUCCUCACCAGUGUCCUGGGCGUGCUGGCAAGUGGUGCCGUCCUCUUCGCAAUCCUCAAGCCUCUCUCCCACUGGCAGAUCUGCCCCAGCUGGCCUAUUCUGGCACAGUUGGCAGUAGGCAGUGCCCUCUUCAGCUUUGCAGUGCCUGUCCUGGCACCAGGGUUAAACACUGCCCACAACACAGGCCUGUGUUUCCUAGGCUACUGGAUCUGGUAUACUUCAGCUUUUGCCCAGGCUCUGCUGAUCGGGUGCUAUGCCUGCCUGAACCCCAGACUGGGUAUAGGCCAAAUCCGAAGACUCACCUUGGGACUCACUGUAGGACUUUGGGGAGCAGCUCUCCUGUUAGGGCUGCCGGUCACCUUGGCCAGUGACGUUUACAAUGGCCUCUGUACCCUCGCAUCCAACAAGGACCUGGAAGCUUUGAAGUCCACACAUUCUGCAAUCUGUUUUAUCAUCUUCACUGUGUUACCACUGGUUCUUUUGGUAGCCAAGGGGAUGAAGAAGGCAUUGGGCAAGGGACCAGGCCCCUGGGUUAGUGUCCUGUGGAUCUGGUUCAUUUUUUGGUGGCCUCAUGGGAUGGUUCUUAUAUUUGAUGUCUUGGUGAGGUCCAAAAUAGUGCUUCUGCAAUCGUGUCCAUCCCAGCAGAUUCUAGAUGUGAUGCUGAACCUGGCAGAAGCCCUGGCUGUAUUGCACUGUGUGGCUACACCCUUGCUCCUGGCCCUGUUCUGCCACCAGACCACCCGUAGAUCCUUGCUUUCUCUCUCCCUCCCUGUAAGACAGUCUUCUCACACGGAUGCCUUUGCAAUUAAAUCCUAGUUCUUUCCUCACAUGUCAACCUAAAUUAAAAUCUAUACUGCUUUUA